ACGGGAGGCGGGAGAGGCCGGGAAGAAGAGUGAAGCAACAUCCGCCGGAGCGCUCGCCGGAAAAUCAUCCUCUCCGAUCUCCGGCGGGAAGCGCCGAGCUCGAGCCCGGAGGCAAAUGAGCGGUCGGCAUCGCCGCCAGCAGCCGAAUCUCCGUCACCGGAGCGGAGCUGAUAUGGAGACCGAGCGGCUCAAGGCGGGGGAGAAGGAGGGCGGCGCCGCGGCGCCGGCGCCGGCGGAGGCCGCGGCGGCCGCGGGGGGGAGGAGGGAGAAGAGGUUCGAGAGGAGGCUCGUGAAGUUCGACGAGUUGCCGGAGUACAUGAAGGACAACGAGUACAUACUGGACCACUACCGGUGCGAGUGGCCGCUGAAGGACGCGAUCCUGAGCGCCUUCGCCUGGCACAACGAGACGCUCAACGUGUGGACGCAUUUGGGGGGGUUCAUCAUCUUCGUGGCGCUGACGGUGAUGAGCUUGAUGGAGAAGACGGGGAUGCGAGGCUUGCUCGGCGAUUUCUCCAGGGCCACCGUCCCGGCGCAUUCGACGACGGCCGCGAUCAAGAACGCGAGCGCCUCCGCCAAUGCGGUCAAUGAUUCGCAUUUAGGACAGAUACAACAUUCGUUGAUCCUCGAUGCCUUCGAAUCCAACCAUGAGAACAUCCCAGGAUGGCCUUGGUUCGUCUUCCUAGCCGGGGCCAUGUGCUGCUUAAUCUGUAGCUCCCUCUCCCACCUCCUGGCCUCCCAUUCCAGAAAGUUCUACUUCUUCUUCUGGCGGCUCGAUUAUGCCGGGAUCUCCGUCAUGAUCGUGUGCUCCUUCUUUGCCCCGAUCUACUACGCCUUCUAUUGCCACCCCUAUUCUUGCUUCUUCUACCUCGGCACCAUAAGCGUCCUCGGCACGCUCGUCAUAAUCACUCUUCUCUCACCCAGCCUCUCGUCUUCAAAGUACCGUCUCUUCCGGACCACCCUCUUUCUCGCCAUGGGCUUCUCUGGAGUGAUUCCCGCAGCUCACGCCAUUGUUAUUUAUUGGGGACACCCCCACAUUUUCGUUGCUCUGGGGUAUGAGCUCCUGAUGGGUAUAUUGUACGCCUCCGGAGCGUGGUUUUAUGUUACCAGGAUACCCGAGAAGUGGAAACCCGGAGCAUUCGACAUCGCCGGGCAUAGCCACCAAAUCUUCCACGUGCUUGUGGUUGCGGCUGCAUUGGCUCACUGCGCUGCAACGUUGGUGGUCAUGGAUUUCCGUCAAAGAACACCAACUUGCGCAUCGUAGGGCUUAGCUACACAACACUGAGAUUUGUGAGAUUGUCUUGCGAUUACCACGGUGCAAUAGCCAUUCUAAUGCAAUGCAGCUUGUCGGUCCCCGAAUGAUGCAGCUUCUCUCAGAACAUAGCUAGGAAUUGUGUAGGGUAAAAUGGAGGGAGGGCAGCUCAAGAAAGUGUGCACUAGUGUUGUUGUAUGCGAGCUUUUACACGAUUGUAUGCAAAACUAAUAUAUUGGCAGAAAGAUUGCUGCUCAUGGUUUGCCCAAGGGUCUUGUUGAAUGUGUGAUUUAACGCA